AUGUGCCCCACCGAGCAAUGGCGACUCCUCCGCAACCUCAUCAACAGCCAAUCCGGCAAGCCUGGUGCCCUCGUCGUUGAGCUGCCAGAGGGGUCUCUCUUCACCUGGACCGCCUGCUCGCAGCUGCGCGUGCAUCUCGCACACGUGACGCUGCGAAGCACGGGCGUCGGCGCAUCUCUCAACGCCAGUGGCUGCUCUCGACACUUUGAUGUCGCCUUUGGCGGCACGCUGGAGCUCGAUCACGUGCACCUUGUCGAUGGUGGCAAGCAGGCGAGUGGCGGGGCGGUCAAGGUGCGCCACGGCGGGUCGUUGCUCGUGACUGAGUCCUCGAUCGAGGACUCGAGUGUGGUGUCGCUCGACGGUACCGCGUACGGUGGCGCCAUCGACGCAUCAAACGAGAUCGCGAUUGAUCUG